AUGUCUCGAGUACCCAAGCAUCAUCAUGGCGCGCUAGACGAACGAGAAAGCCCUCGAUAUGCCAGGAAGGAAGGAUGUGUGCACGAAGAUCUUGAACCCGACGUCACAACGCUAAUUGCCUUGACAGAGCGAGGCGGCAGCAAGAAGUUCGGAAAGAUGCAGAGAUUGACGGAGGACCGGACGAGCUUGCAGACGGUUCUCGAGGAGGACAACAAAGCAUCGACCUGGUUCGUUCUCGAUGCGCCCGUCAGCGUCGAGGGACAAUCCGCCGCACUAACGACAAUUUCUGUCGCAACGAAGCAGAAGUCCGGGUCGAUUCGCUGUAUGCGUGCGAGGAGGUCCUCUACUGGUUUGCUGUGCGCGCGAUCGAUGAUUUCGGCUCCACUUAUCUCAACAUGGCACACCCUUCAACACUCACUUGGUGGACCACAUCCGCGCACUGCCCGGCGCCACAAGCUAGGCAAAUCACUCCAGCCGAAGACCCUGCUCGGCGCACCCUUCCUCACUUUGGCAUACCGGCAAUUGCUCAAGGCUCAGACCAGUGUGGAAAACAUCAAGCAGCAUUAUCUGGUCUGGGGUCUGGCGUGCAUCACUGGUGUCCGUCCCGGGAGCAUGACUGUAUGCCCUGGCUACGGACAGGGAGCUUCCCUCGGCUUGACGGGCGUGACUCGUGACGAGGACGGGGCUAUGCGCUGGAAAGACUUCGAAUUCAUCCAGCUGAAUGGAAUCGCAGGCAUUACUGUCAAGGUGACGUUCAAGUACAUGAAGGGACAUCGGGAUCCGUACGCUCAAGGAUCGUCAUGCCAACCAAGACGUUCACACUGCUCCCAACGCGAGGUGGACUCGCGAUGUUGUCUAAUGCAACUGGUCUGCGGUCGCAACGCCUUCAGCUUUUGUGUGUAUUCAUACUGGCUGCGCUUGCCUACGGCGGAAGUCUUCAUUGUCGCCGAUAUGCAAAAGCCCAGCCGGGAAUUCGAGCGUGGACAAGAGAGCAGUGGGCAGUGCUGGACCUCCAGCACCGCCGUGAACGAAAUCGGCAAGAACGCAACCAUGCCAUGCAAGGCCUCAACUCAGAGUGGCGAGCUAGAUGUCACCAAGGCCAUGAAGGAAGCCGCGCUUAACACAGAUUUGCGCAGGACGGCCAUCGACAUCGGUAUGCUGGAACGUACAAGCCUGACCCGAGCGAAGAAGCAGUACAGCGCCGAGUUUCUGCCUGAACUGAAGGCGCACAAGAAAGCGGCCGUCAUUGGCGAUCGUACACUCGCUUGUGACGCAGAUGCCGAAGUUUCCCGUCCUGCUCAAGCUGUUGACGGAGUGUCACUCGACGAAAAUGACGAGUUUGAUAAGGCCGAGCUUGACGAAGGCGGAGUGGAGAAGACUGGCAACGACUCACGCACCGCGCCGACGUACUGUAACCAGCUGGACGACCAGGCUGUGAUCAUGCCAGACUACGACGAGGGUGGCGCCGAUACCAUCAAGAAGCUUAUCGGCUUCGUCCAAUCCAACCGUCUCACAGAAGAUGAAGGACAAGCGGCGGGGCUUCUUCAGGCCUUCAGGCUCAAGACAGCACACCUCGAGACUGAAUACCGCUCUCGCGACGCACAGCUCUUGCGUGCCGCUCUGAACACGGCUAAGCUGUUGCGCCAUGUGGAUGAACAGCUCGCGGACAAGAUUGUUGCCAGAGGAUCACCCGGACUUCGAUCUCUCAAGAUCGACACGGUCAUCGAAGCCGUGUCUACGAGCUCGUCAUACACAAGGAGGAGAGUGCGAAGAAGCCUCUAG